UAUGCAAAGACCAUUCUAUACAUCAAUAGUCUGUAAAAAAUAUUGUAUACAAUUAUAUAUAACGAGUAUAGAAUACAUCAAUAAUAAAACGUUACAAACAUCGGUUACAUAUAAGUAAACGUACACAAUUUGCACAGAGAUAAAAUUUGUUUGAUCAAAAAUAAAAUAAAACGAGAUGACUCCGUAGAACGGUAAUGAUAUGCUCGUGGAGCCGUGGUUCCGUGUUCCGUCCCUGUCCCGAACGAGAAGAGCAAAGAAAAAGUGAGAAAGAGAAAUUGACUAACCCUCUCCUACCCGCGGCAAGCGUGAUAGUCAGCGGGCGAUGCGCGACCAAACCUAACCUAACUCCGUUGCCGGUUCUCCAGCAAGGUAGUCGGCGCAUGCGCGCGAGGAACGCUUAUCGAGCCACGGAGAGGGGCGGUUGGUGCCUCAUCGUCGGCGGCGGUGGUGGCGGUGACGGCGACGUGGCAUGGUAUACGGCCGCAUGGGUGCAACGAGGGGCGAGACGGGCGGCUGAUAUUAUGCGGGGGAAGGGUUCCUGGCUCCACGUAGUCGGGGAAAGGAGGAAAAAGGAGCGAACGACGAUCGAACGAGGACAGAGCGCCGCUAUGUUUGUAUCGAAAGUUCGUACGUACGAUGGAGCGAGACAGCGCGUACAAAAUAGCGGCGGCGCAAGAGAGACGGCAGUUUGAAAUUAGAGGAUGCAUGGAUGGUAGAGAGAGAAGAGACAAGGAAUAAAGAGAGAGGGAGAAUGCGUGAAGCGUGGGAUCGUAGGUGUGACUAAGCGAGACGAAUGAAACGGAGCAAGGAGUCGAUUCUGGAGAGGGAAAGAGAAGGAGAAGAAAUAGGUUGUGUGCGUGCGUGCGGUCAAAGAGUAAGAAAGGUGGAAGGCGGGCAGGGAAUGGAUGAGUGGUGGUAGGAGCGAGGUAGGGGGGUCGGAAGGAGAGAGGGGAGAGGGGGCGCUGCCGUCGGACAGUCGGUGUCGCGCCAGGACCCCGUUUGCGGCUAGCCAAGCAAGCAGCAAGCAGUCGCAAUCCCGUCGCCUAACCAGCAUUGCUCGCCUUAUCUUUUUCACCCUCUUACAAAAUCGCAUCGAGGCUUCCGUCAGCUGCAUAUAUUUGCCCCGUUCCAUCAGCCGGUCCCUU